AUGGCCAGCAGCGACCCCAGCCCCGAGGUGGCGAGCACCCAGGCCGAGGAGCAGCAGAGCAUCGGCACGCGGGUGGCCAGCCUGCCCCUGGUGAGCUCGGCCUACGACAUGGUGUCCACGGCCUACGCGUCCACCAAGGAGAGCCACCCGUACGUGAGGUCCGUGUGCGACGCCGCCGAGAAGGGCGUCAAGACGCUGACGGCGGCGGCCGUGAGYGGCGCCCAGCCCAUCCUCACCAAGCUGGAGCCACAGAUUUCCACRGCCAACGAGUUUGCCUGCAAGGGGCUGGAUAAGCUGGAGGAGAAGCUGCCCAUCCUGCAGCAGCCCACGGAAAAGCUCAUCUCGGACACCAAGCAGCUGGUGACAUCCACGGUGACCGGGGCCAAGGAUGUUCUCACGAGCACCGUGGCCGGSGCCAAGGAUGCGGUGACCAGCCGCGUGACGGGCGUGAUGGACGUGACCAAAGGGGCUGUGCAGGGCAGCGUGGAGCUCACCAAGUCGGCGGUGACCAGCGGCGUCAGCACUGUCAUGGGCUCAAGCGUGGGCCAGAUGGUGGUGAGCGGGGUGGGCUCCGUGCUGGAGAAGUCGGAGUCGCUGGUGGAUCACUACCUGCCCAUGACGGAUGAGGAGCUGGCCAAGCUGGCCACGGCGGUGGAGGGCUUCGAGACGGAGCAGCAGAAGCAGCAGCAGAGCUACUUCGUGCGCCUGGGCUCGCUCUCGGCCAAGCUGCGGCAGCGGGCCCUGCAGCACUCGCUGGGCAAGCUGCAGAGCGCCCGCCAGAGCAGCCACGACGUGCUGGCCCAGCUGCAGCGCACCCUGGACCUGGUGGAGCACCUCAAGCAGGGCAUGGACCAGAGGCUGCAGGGAGGCCAGGAGAAGCUGCAGCAGCUGUGGCUCGAGUGGAGCAAGCAGCAGCCGGGUGGCGCUGGGGACCUGGUGCAGCCGGAGCGCGCCCGCGCCCGCGCCGCCGAGGCCCGCGAGCUCCUGGACGAGCUUGUGGAGCACGUGGCCCACAACACGCCCCUGUCGUGGCUCGUGGGGCCCUUYGCGCCGGCCGAGCGGAGCCUCCUCGAGAUGCAUGCGGCCGAGUAGGGGCCAAGAGCUCCCGCCAGGCCCCGUAACCGCCUUAGCUGCAGCCUCCUCUUCCUCCCUCUGCUCCGGGAGGGCGGCAGGAGCCUCCGCAUGCUGGGGCCGCCUCUCCAGCCUCCAUCCCUGCUCCAUCCCAGCUCCGGGCAGGGAUGCUGCAUCCUGGUGUCCUGCUCCCCUCAAGUGCCUUUGGGGGCCCUUCCCCGUGCUCCUCCACUCRCCCCUCGGUGCCUGAAGCCUGCGGUGCCUUUGCGUCCCCUGUGUCACCC